UAAGUAUCGCUAUAUAUUUGUCCGAUUUUCAGUUUUUGGAUCAAAACUUGAAAACAUUUUAAGUAUUAACACACAUAAUUCAUGGCUGAACAUUUUUACACUAAAAUGUAUUCAAGAAAUACUUAUAGGAUCGCUCCAAAGAGAAUGGAUCCACACACUCGACAGCGUAUGCGUCCAUGGCUAGAAGCAAAAAUUGAGGCCGGGCAAAUUAGAGGACUUGAAUGGAUAGAUAGAAACCAAAAGAUAUUUAAAGUUCCUUGGAAACAUGGAGGGAAACACGAUUGGAAUGAACAAGAUUCACAGAUCUUUAAGGAAUGGGCUCUACAUACAGGAAGAUUCAGAGAAGGCGUCGAUCAGUCAGAUUGGCCGACGUGGAAAACAAGAUUUCGAUGUGCAUUGAACAAACUCCCAGAUAUUCACGAGAUGAAAACAUAUGGAAGACUUGAUGGUCCCGAACCAUAUAGAUCAUAUAGAUUUCUCAGUAAACAUGAGAUCACAUACCCGAGUAAAGAACCAGUGCCAGAUCACCAUGACGACUCAAACUCCCCUCGAUCAUCACAAGACUACAAUAUGAUGGACGACCAGAAUGUAGAAAUAAAUUCAAUGCCGGAAAAGGUUAUCAAAGGUGAAAUUGAUAUAGAUGAAAAUAUAAUACCAUCAGGCAAUCUUCCAUCAGAUUUAAGAGAUCUUCGAAUGCAACCAAUAUCAAAUGGACUUGUCAAGCCCGCUGAUGGAAUUGAUGCCAUCAACACCGCCCAAGGAAAUAAUUCAUUACAGGACAGAGAAGUCGAUCCCACAAUGGUGUUCAAACUUGGGUACAGACAUGUUGAUCUUGGCAGUCAUACUGUUCAUAACUCUAGAGGAUGUCGACUUUAUUAUGGACCUUCCGAUAUGGAACUAAAUGUUCACCUACAAAAUGAGAUAUAUGGUCCAAAUGAUGUUGACCAAGUACAUUUUCCGUUGUGUUUUUUGGAAAACAAAAAGCAAGAAGAAAUGACACUAACACUACUGAACUACCUCGAUCGUGGGAUAAUCAUUCGGGUUCAGCAUGGCCAGAUCAUUGCUACUCGAAAAUGCAGGUGCACCAUAUUUGUUCAACUACACAAUUCCACAGAGCCAGUUAAAUUGAACAGGGAUGAACCAACUAUAAUAUUUGACUACUUUAAUUGGUUUGAGCCCAGUUUACAUCGAUAUAUAAAUAAUAAGGGACCACGUCCUUCGGCAGAGGUUAUGAUCAGCUUUGGUCAAAAGUGGUGUGGAGGGGAAACUGAAUUCAGAAAUAAUCUAAUAUGGUCAAAAAUCUACCUGGAACAGGCUUAUCAGCAACUGUGUAAGGUAACCUGCACCAGUCCAUUGUCUCCAAAUAUUGAAAUAUCAAGAUCAGAUAACAUUGAUCAAUUUUUGCGGCACAGACAAGAAGCCGAGAAACAAUUAAAUGGUUAUACAUAAAGUUUUUGCAUCACAAAACAGAAGAAAAAAAUGUUUUUUUAUUAAUACACAACAGAUAAAAUGUCAUCAUGUUUGUACAGUAGAUUAAUAAUUGUACAUAUUCUAAUUUCAUACUUGAUUAUGUGAAUUUAUAUUAGAUAAAGAAAUACAGUAGCAUUCUAUACCAGGUACCUUUGCAUAUAAAAGUUGCAAAUUUUAAGAAAUAAAGAUAGUUGAAAUGUAAUAAAGACAGUUGGAACAUUAAGGAUGACCAUUUAGGGUUUUAGCUGAUGCUUCAUGUUCUAUUUCUUCAAAUGCUUAUAUGUUUUAAGUUUUGAACUUUCCUUUAUUUAUGUGUUGUGUUUUAUUUACCUAAGAAUCGUGAUGUGGCUUGGAAGAUUAAGUCUAUAUCACAUAUAUUUCAUUUGCCAAUAUAGUUAUUACCCACAAAUCUUUUUAACGGCAUGUUCUUAUAAUAUGUUAUUGUUAUGUUCUUAAAACUUUGAGAAGCUCAAAAAUGGUAUUUAUUUUUCAAUAUUCCACCUGGCAGAGAUAAAGAAACUUCAUUAAAUUACCAUAGCACACAGUAUUUUCAGAUGCUCCUUAUAAAUUAUAACUGCAAUUUGGUUGGAUAAUGAAUUGAUAAAGUUGAUAUUCAGAAACGUGUCAUCUGUAUUACCUAUGCAGUAUAAAAAAAACAACAUAUCUUUGACCAGUUAUUUUUAUAUAUAUUUGGAAUGAAUGAGUCUUGACAGAACAUUAUUUGUAUGUCGAAUUUUAUUUAACAUCAUAUUUUAUUUGCUUGUAUGUUUAUUUUUGUUGUGAUUGAAUAUUAAAUUAUGUGAUUUAAGUUAUUUACUUUUUUUUAUUCUUUCGUUUUAAUAAAUAAUAUUUUGUGUAUGAUUAUAUGUAUAUUGGUUGAAGAUUGGUAUAUAAAUUUGAUGCACAUGUCAAUUUAUAUAAUAUUCAUAGAUUUUUAUUCUUUCAAUAUAAGAGCUUUAUAAAAUUACAUUUGUUUAAAUUUUGUUUGGGUAAUGUUGAAGGAUAAAUUCAUAAUGCAUUUAAUCAAAAGGGCAGAAAAAAAUACGAUAAAAAAAAAUGAAAAAGAAAUACUAGAGUCAUAAUCUGUACAGGAACGAAGUUUGUCAGUGUUUACGAUUGUAUUUUAAUGCAAGUCUUUGCAAAAAACAUACGUGUCCAGAUCCUUUGUUUUUGUUAAAUGUGCAAGUCAUGUUUAAAUUAAUUUUAACUUUGUGCUGAUCCCGUUCGAAGUUUGCUAAUUAUACUUCCGCUGCUACUAACGAGUUUGCUUCCGAUUUGUUUCAAUGCUGUCAAUGUUUUACUUUUUUCUUGACAGUCAUGUCAAUAUGUCUUACUUUGUAAUCAAACUUAUACAUAAAUGCUAAAACCGAUCUGAAUUUCAGAAAUUUCAGAUUGUUUUAUAUGUUUUGUUAAAUAUCAGAUAUGAAAACAAUAAAAGUAUUGGAGAA